UGCCGUUAAUUUUGGACGUUCUGGCCAUCGCGAUGAGCAGCAAUGCGGCGUGCAUUAGCUAAUAGACUGCUGUCGCAAUUACAACCACCAAAAAUCCAGACCUCCCCACACUUCUACUUCAACAACUCUCUACUUCUCUCCGCGAGACUUGCUUGCUGCUAUCUUACCACGUCAGAAUUUAGUGGAUAUUUCAAGGACUUGAAGGGACUAUUUGAAAGCUCCGAGCCAGCGCACUAAACAUCGUCGCCACUACCGAAAUGAUCCGAUUAACCACCAUCCGACACACCACCCGCGCCCUGCGCACGCUCGCCCGCCCGACGUACCCACCCAUGCUUCUCUCCCCCCUCACGCGCUCAUACGCCGACUUCUCCGCCCCGCGCCCCGCGCCACCUCGCCUCCCCGAGGAAGAACAAGAAGAAUUCGAGCGUCUGCUAAAGAAAGCGAACGCGCCGUUCGCGGCCGCCGAGGACGACGUGCCUGAGAUCGAGGUCGAUGUCGAGACGUUGACGGCGGUGAUGGAGGGGCGUGAGGCGGAACUGUCGGAGGAGAAGCAGACGGUUGAGCAGGAGAGUUUGGCGAGGUUGAGGGCGAUGAAUGUGAAGCAUGCGGAUUAUGUCGGGCGGACGAUUCCUGAGUUUGAGGGAGACGUUAAUCCGAAGACGGGCGAGGUCGGCGGACCGAAGCAGGAUCCGUUGAGACACGGCGACUACAGCUUUAAUGGCCGAGUGACGGAUUUCUAGAUUAUACGACGACGGGUGGAAUAGUUAGAGCGACGAAUAAUGAUUGAAUUAAUUAUCUGAAUUUGAAUGCUUAUUACAUGCUUGAUUGCUAGCUGUACAACUUGCGUGUACGUCGGGCCAGCGGUAUGCAAUCCUUAUAAUGUUUACGUCUGGCAUCUGGCAUUCAUAGCUUGCCCAUUUUCCAAACCCUUGCAGACAUACAGACUAGUGAUAAACCGCGGGUUUAACUAUCAGAUUCCAGACCGGUAUAUUUUACCUGUGAGUUGAACAAACGGUUUCGUGAGCGAUAGACAUCUUAUAAACGGAAUAUCAAGGUGUCCACACCCAAAUCAACCAAAGCCAAACAACCCCCUCCUCCUCUCCACAAAAUACCCAAAUCAAACAAAACAGAUGAAAAGUUCCUCUUCAAUCGAAUCAAUCCAAAAAAAAUCACAAAAAGAGAUAGAAAAAAGAGAUAGAAAAAAAAAAAGGUCCUGCCCGGAUUCGAACCGG